GUUUUUCAUAUGAUUUUCAAAAACAUUUGACAAUUGAUUGCAAUUAACGCUAAACCAGUGUCUCAUUGGACACGCAAUCGCUGUUUGGAUGACACCUCAAGACAUACACAAACUUUAGUGACAUUUAAAUCCACAGCCAAUUGAAUCUUCCCGCGCAACGACUCGCGAGGGUUUGUGUCCACACGUGUCGGGUGACCGCCGGUGACUGUCAGCCAUGAAUGAGUCGCACAAAUCGCUGCUUAAGACACUGGAAGCGUUGGGUCCACAGAUCUUCGCCAUUGAAGGCGAUCUGUGUCUAUGGAUACAAAUCAUCGAAACGGUGGACAAGAAGGCCAUCAAUGCGUUGCUCCGUCUCAUCCAAUUGGACGCCAAGACAUGCGACCAGAGGUACGCACUG